AUGGCGGACAUCAAGAUCGACAGCAAACUCUUUCAGGAGCGCAUAUCGCACUUCAUCAGCGCAUGGAAAGCCGACAAGCGCAGUGGCGAUGCGCUUUUUGGCGGCGUGUCGUCCAUCGUUAUCUUGAUGGGCAAAGUUGAUGAGGAGCCGGAGUUUUACAAGAACAAUGCGAUGCAUUUUUGGUUGCUUGGGUAUGAAUUCCCGACAACUCUGAUGCUCUUUACCCUCGAUACUCUCUACAUUAUCACCACUCAAAAGAAAGCAAAAUACCUUGACCAGAUUAAGGGAGGCCGGUUUCCAGUUGAGGUUCUUGUGAGGGGCAAGGACAAUGCCGAAAACGAAAAGACCUUCAUCAAAAUUGCCGACAUGAUCAAAGCCGCUGGCAAUAAAGUCGGCGUGCUUACGAAGGAUACCUCGAAGGGUCCUUUCAUCGAUGAAUGGAAGAAGAUCUUCGCCGAGAGAUGCAAGGGGGUCGAAGAGGUCGAUAUUGCCUUGGCCCUCUCAGCAGGUGCCUUUUCCAUCAAGGAUGAGACAGAGCUUCGCGCAAUGCGAACUUCGUCCAAGGCCUGUGUGGCUCUUCUUACCCCUUACUUCCUCGACGAGAUGUCGAGUAUCCUUGAUCAAGACAAGAAGAUAAGCCAUGCCUCGUUGGCCGACAAGGUCAUGAACAAACUUGAGGAUGAAAAGUUUUGGAAGACAGUGGAGCUUCCGAACCGCGGGAAGCUCCCGUCAGAUUUUGACCCCGAGCAGCUCGACUGGAUCCUUGGGCCGAUUGUGCAGAGCGGUGGCAAGUUUGACCUCAAGUGGCAGACAGACUCAGAUGACGAGCCGCUUCACCCCGGCAUUAUUAUUGCCGCCAUGGGCUUGCGGUACAAGUCUUACUGCUCUCAGAUUGCCAGGACCUUUAUGGUCGACCCUAAUAAGUCUCAGGAGAGCAACUACCGCGUUUUGCUCGCUGUACACAACCUGAUCUUGAAAGAGAUCCGCGACGGUGUCGUCGUCAAGGAUGUGUACAACAAGGCCUACAACUUGAUCAAGACGAAGAAGCCAGAACUUGAGAAGCACUUCCUCAAGAAUGUCGGUUAUGGCAUUGGUCUUGAGAGCAAGGACAGCACUCUUAUCCUCAGUGCCAAGAACACUCGGACACUUAAGGAUGGCAUGACUCUCUGCAUUGUGACAGGUUUCAGCGAUAUCCCGAACCCAGAUCCUCAAGGCAAAAAGGACAAGGUCUACUCACUUGUCCUGACCGAUACGAUCCGUGUUACAACCGGCGAACCCGUUGUUUUUACGGGGGAGGCACCGUCCGAUAUGGACGCAACUUCGUUUUUCUUCAAGGAUGAAGAGGAAGCACAGCCAACUCCCAAGAAGGAGAAGAAAGACCCGCGUGUGGGCGCUGUUGCCACGAGAAACAUCACCAGCACACGUCUGCGGUCCGAGCGUAAUACAGCACCCGAUGAAGAUGCCGAGAAGAGGCGUCGUGAACACCAGAAAGAGCUUGCUGCUAAGAAGCAGAAAGAAGGGUUGUUGAAGUACGCUGACGCCACAGCCGGCCAGAAUGGUGUUGAGGUCAAGAAGUUUAAACGCUUUGAGUCUUACAAGCGAGACAACCAGUUACCGCCCAAGGUUCGCGACAUGGGUAUUGUCAUCGACCAGAAGAACAAUACCAUCGUCCUACCCAUCAUGGGUCGCCCAGUUCCCUUCCAUAUCAACACCAUCAAGAAUGCAAGCAAGAGCGACGAGGGCGAGUGGUCGUUCUUGCGCAUUAACUUUCUCUCUCCUGGCCAGGGCGUUGGCCGCAAGGAUGAUCAGCCCUUUGAGGACGCAUCUGCCCAUUUUGUCAGGAGCUUGACUUUCCGCUCGACGGAUGGUGAUCGGUACGCCGAGAUUGCGAACCAGAUCUCCAAUCUCAAGCGUGAAGCCGUCAAAAGAGAGCAGGAAAAGAAAGAUCUCGAGGAUGUCGUUGAGCAGGAUAAGCUUAUUGAGAUCAGAAAUCGUCGCCCGGCUGUGCUCGACAACGUCUACAUCCGCCCGGCUUUGGAAGGCAAGCGGGUGCCUGGCAAGGUUGAAAUCCAUCAAAACGGUAUCCGCUACCAGUCCCCUCUUAGCACCACUCAGAGAGUCGACGUGUUGUUCUCAAAUAUCCGUCACCUCUUCUUCCAGCCUUGCCAGAAUGAGAUGAUUGUCAUCAUCCACCUUCACUUGAAGGACCCCAUCCUGUUUGGCAAGAAGAAGACCAAGGACGUGCAGUUCUACAGAGAAGCUAUUGACAUCCAGUUUGACGAGACGGGCAACCGCAAGCGCAAAUACCGCUAUGGUGACGAGGACGAGUUCGAGGCCGAGCAGGAAGAGCGGCGCCGCAAGGCUGAACUCGACCGUCUGUUUAAGAGCUUCGCCGAGAAGAUUGCCGAGGCUGGCCGCAAUGAGGGAAUCGAGGUCGACAUGCCGAUCCGGGAUCUCGGCUUCAAUGGUGUUCCCAACCGUAGCAAUGUUGUGAUCUACCCAACGACCGAGUGCCUGAUCCAGAUCACCGAACCACCCUUCCUGGUUAUUACCCUGGAGGACGUUGAGUGGGCUCAUCUGGAGCGUGUCCAGUUCGGCCUCAAGAACUUCGAUCUCGUUUUUGUCUUCAAAGACUUCACUCGACCAGUGGUGCACAUUAACACCAUUCCCGUUGAGUCUCUCGAAGAUGUCAAGGAGUUCCUUGACUCUUCUGACAUUCCCUUCUCCGAGGGUCCUCUUAACCUGAACUGGUCCGUCAUUAUGAAGACGGUUACUGCUAACCCUCACCAAUUCUUCCUCGAUGGCGGCUGGGGCUUCCUUCAGAACGACAGCGACGCAUCCGACGCCUCCGAAGAAGAGGAGGACGAGGACAGUGCCUUCGAGAUCAGCGAAAGCGAGCUUGAGGCCGCCAGCGAGUCAUCUGAGGAAGACUCGGACUACGAGGACGCUUCUGAGGAGGAGAGCGAUGCGCCCCCUAGUGAGGAUGAUGAGGGCGAGAGCUGGGAUGAACUGGAACGUAAGGCCAGGAAGCGGGAUCGCGAGAGCGGUCUCGAUGAUGACGAUCGCGGCGGAAAGAAGAGAAGGCGGUAA